CACAUGACAGCGGCAACAGCAUUGUGUCUGGUUUAAGUAGGCGAGCUCUUCAAACCCAGGCCAUGGGCAAGUGUGAAGCCUGAACACAGAACGGUAGCCACAAGACAGUCGACCAGGAUGCCGUGGCCUACCACACGAGGUCUACAGCCAUGAAGAAGAGGAUGUGUCUGAGUAGGAUGAGCACACCAUCCUUCCAGGAGUGGAGGAGGAGGAGGCCUUCUCCACAGGACUUGGGGAAUAUUGUGGGCUGCAGAAUUUCUCACGGAUGGAAGGAAGGCGAUGAGCCCGUCACCCAAUGGAAGGCCGUCGUUCUAGAUCAACUGCCAACAAAUCCCUCUCUCUAUCUGGUCAAGUAUGAUGGAAUUGAUUGUGUCUAUGGACUGGAACUUCACAGUGAUGAGAGGAUUUUAAAGUUUAAGGUCUUGACUCCCAAAGUAGUGUUUCCUCAAGUGAAAGAUGCCCAUCUCGCCAGUGCCAUGGUUGGCCGAGCUGUGGAGCAUAAAUUUGAGGGCAAACAUGGUUCUAAGAUAACUGGAGGGGGUGGUCCCAUCCCAGGUGCUGAUCAUGAAGGACUGGUUUUACAUCACCUACGAGAAAGAUACAGUCCUAUACAUCUACCAGCUCUUGGAUGAUUACGCAGAAGGUAACCUCAGUAUCAUUUCAGAGAAUCCUCCAGCAGAGGUGAAGUCUGACGUUGACAGCGACAUCUUAACCGGUCAAUGUGUGCAGUUCACCAGAAGCGACGGGUCCAAACAGAUCGACAAAGUCAUUUACCAAGUUCUAGCCAAGC